UCGAGUGUGUUUCCGGACGGACAGUUUAAACGACGAACCAAAUACCACAGUGAACGCACGUUUGCCUUUUUUGAGAUUUAACUCCUUAUUUUUUGUUUUACUGAGUUUCUCUUUAAUUAGUGUAUGGUCCGAAACCGGAAGAGCAGCUUUCACUUGAAGGGCUAAAACAACUGAGAAACAACCGAGAGGCUACACUAAGCUAACAAGAACAGACCGGUGUCAGCUCUCUGUCUUCCUCUGCAGUCAUGCUCCUGGUGGACCCCGGGCUGUACAUUGGCACUGCUGCCGAUCUCAACGACAGGCAGGCACUGGCCGAUGCAUCUGUCACUCAUAUCCUGUCUGUGGACUCCGCCGACCCCGCCCCUCUGCUUCCUGCUGAUGGUGGCUUUCGCAGGAAGUGGGUCAAUGUUUUGGAUGAGGCGACCUCUGAUCUCCUGUCUCACAUGGACGACUGCUUCCUGUUCAUUCAGGAGGCUGUGGAUGGAGGCAAGGCUGCAAUUGUUCACUGCCAGGCUGGCCGAAGUCGCAGUGCCACCAUUGUGACUGCUUAUCUAAUGAAGAGAUACCAGCUCAGCUUCAGUGAGGCUUACAACAGGCUGAAGAGUGUCAAACAGGACGUACAGGUCAACAGUGGUUUUGAGGAGCAGCUGCUUCUGUAUGAGACCAUGCACUGUGCAGUGGACACCUGCAGCCCUCUGUACAAACAGUACAGGCUGACCAAGCUUACUGAGAAGUACCCCGAAAUGCAGCAGGUUCCAAGGGAGCUGUUUGCCAUUGACCCUGCCCACUCCAGCUCCACUGAAGUAUCCUAUCGCUGCAGGAAGUGCAGACGAACUCUGUUCCGUGGCUCCAGUAUUCUCACUCACCCAGUGGGAGAGGGGGCGUCCGCCUUUGCUCACAAGAAGUUCAGCAACCUCUCUGGAGACGUCCAGUGCACAUCUUACUUCAUUGAGCCAGUGCAGUGGAUGGAACAAGCUUUACUUGGAGUGAUGGAUGGACAGCUGCUGUGUCCUAAGUGUAGCUCUAAGCUGGGCUCCUUCAGCUGGUGUGGAGAUCAGUGUUCGUGUGGUCGCUGGGUCACUCCCGCCUUCCAGCUGCACCGCAACAAAGUGGACGAGAUCCGACAACUGCACAUACAAAAAUAACACCAAGUCCUAACCCUCACACAGCCCCAAGUGAGGACUGGCCAAAAUGUCCUCACUGUCCCCAAAAUGUCUUCACUCCCAAGGUCUAAAACUCAAACUGGUCCUAAGUAACAAUCAGUAAUCCGGUUAAAAGAUGAUUAAAAAAGAUUUCCUUAAAUAAUGUGUAAGUAUGACAGUAAAUAUACACACAUAUAAUACUGUAAAUAAAAACAUACCUGUAAAUAUCAGAAGAUAAAUGUGCACUGAUCUUUCUGUUACUGAGUAAAUGAAUCUGCAAUGUUACCUGUUACAUGUGUAGAGAAUUAUUUCAAUAAUAGUUAUAAUAAUAGCAUGUGCGUUCACAAAGAGCCCAUAAACAUCUGCUCUCUUUUAAACCAUAUUACUGUCCCAUCAUCCAGAAUAAGGAGAGUAACUUGACAUGUCAUCGCACUUUCUUCCUGCUAAAGAUGCAUCAUUUAUUAUUUCUGCCUUCUUGUGUCGACGGUCUUCCUCCCUGGGUAUUUCUUUUUAAAUCACAUGUAACGGUUCCUCCCACCUGAGAGUGUGGUUCCAUCCAGAUCCAGACUGAGAGCAGAACUGAUGGAUCCAGCACAAAGAUCGCACUGUGAUGAAGCUGGACAGAUUUAUUUGUUCUGGACUGGAGCUUCAGGACUCAGUUGUAAUUCAUAUGACAUAAUACUUUCUACAACCGGAGCCCAGAUAAAUUGUCUGGAAGCCGUCACAAUGGUUUAUACAAAUAUUUUCACUCAGUAAUGCAUGAAUGUGUUCAUGUUUUCUGAUUCUGGUGAAUCCAUACUCACAAGUUAGUAUUUUAUAUGGUUUUUUUAAUGUUAUAAAACAGCACAUCAUAUCAUUUAGUGAUGCACAGAUGAAGCCACUACUGGGUCAUUCCAUGUCAAAUCAACAGAUUUUAGAAACAUUUCCUAGCUGACUCUGUUGGAUUUGCUUCAUACUUUCUGUAAAUAAUGUCAUUGUACCCAACAACAUCUGUGCAAGUUGUGAACCACAUUCAAUCUUUAAUAUUUUUUCUAUAUUAUA